GGCAUUUCUUGACAUCGCACUAGGGAUCGCUAUCGCGACCGUCGCAGUUGGCUGCAAUGCUGCAAUCGGCUCGCAACUUCAAGCUGCACGUACGCGCCGUAGAACGCUCCCGAACUAUCCGCUGCUUUGAUUCUUCUACGUUGAACCGACGAACGCGUUGCAAUUCAUCGUUGAGACAUGUCCUUUCUGUACAGGCAGGAGAUAAGAUCGCUGCGCGACGGCGUGCCGAACACCUUCGUAAUCGGCGUGAUCAUAAGCAGCACGAACGUGCGAACGUUCGACAACACUCGAGCCAGAUUCGCCAGUGGCGAACGUAGCGUGUGGACAUUCACCUUGCGCGACUCCGAGGAAGAUUUUAUUAACGUCACCGUAUGGGGCAGCACGGAAUUUGUAAUAAAAUUAUCCAUGUUCAAUAUUGGAUCCGUAGUGGAAGUGAUAAGCCCGAAAAUCAUAAAACGCAAUCCCAACGAUAGGAACGAACAAUUUAUGCCGUCGACCUCCAGUCCUUUCGCCCUGAUCGUGAACGAGGGUUUGGCCCUCGUACAGAAUCAUGAUGCGCCAACUAGCGAAAAGUACAAAGCUCUGCUGAUGCAACCUGUGAAAAGCGUGACCUCCGCUAAGAGUCUGAAAACGAUUCUAGAAAACAUAGACGCUCUGUGCGAUCGCUAUGUCGAUCUUCUGGUUGUCGUUAUGUUUAUCGCCGAUGCGCGUAAUAUAAUAACGCGAGACGGACGAUCCGUAACGUGCCGCAGUUUCGAAGUCGCAGAUAAUACGACGAAUAGUACGGUGCCGUUGAUAUUAUGGGACAAAGAUUGGGUUGAAAAAUCCGCUUUUUGGAAACCAAAAGAGACAAUAUUAUUCUUGAUCGAUGCUCGCAUCGCGUACGACGAAUAUAAAAAGAAAACGGCGAUAAGUAUCUCAAAACGGACGUUGAUUACGGAGUGUUCUAAUUUACCACAAGCUAUAGAUAUUAUAAAGACGGUACAGCAUUACGAUCCUGAUUCCUUAUGCAGCGAUCCGUUCGCCGUACCAAAUCCGGACACUGUCACGACUGUAAUGACGGUACAGCAAAUUACGGAGAAAUUACAAAAGAAAGCAAUGGUGGGUGAAAGAUUGCAGUUUGCAACUAUAGUAAAAGCUUCAGUGACUGAAAUAAAUUUGGACAGUCCACUCAAAGACGUGACAUCUAUAAAAUGUGCCCUAUGUAAAAAAAAAGUCGCAGCCAUGGAAGAUUCUUGUAUGAAUUUAAACUGUCCGUCAGGCAACGGAACGCAGGCACCAUUAAACAUUGUUAAGUUUAAUAUAAAAAUCAAUUUGAAAGAUCAUACUGGAUAUAUUAUCGGAUGUCGUUUAACCGGCGACAUUGCGGAGCGAGUUUUGGGCUGCACAGUUGAUGAAUUUCAAGCAAUGACAGCAGAGAAGCGAAAUGAAUUGAAGUGGCUGUAUUUGUUAGAAAAAUGUGACGUCUGCCUGCACAUUCUUGGACCAUCGUCGGACUUCUCACGACCCUUCUAUAAUGUCCUAUCUAUUCAACGAGACAAAGAAACGGAGCAGGCUAUGGCACAGAUUGCAAAUACGCCAGAGUAUUAAAAAUUAAUAUCUUAAAUUUGAAACAAAUAAUUUAUUUAUAAUAAUAAUUACCAGGUUUAAACUUUCUAUUUUACGCUUACAUAGAAUUAAUAUUAUAAAAAUGUACCUUUUUAUAAACAUGGUUUUUUGUUUAAUACUUAUAA